AUGAUCCAAUUUUCAGAGGAGACCAAGGAGCGCAUCGGGAAGAUUCUCGACAUCACCCGCGAAGUGGUUCAUUAUGGCUAUCUCCCAUUGAUACUAUAUCUGGGAUACACGAGAAGCGAACCAAAGCCCGCACUGAUCAGGUACUGCUCUACAACCAGCUGGGUCCAAUCCACCACUGACGUUGAUGCCAGCUUAAUAUCACCCUUUGCGAAUUAA